AUGCUCACGCCCUCGCCCUCGUCCACGCUCACACCCAGACCCUCCACAGCAAUCCGGACCAGAAACAGCGGCGGCGGUCCGCGGGCGCAAAUGUGCCUUCUCGCUCCCGCCGCCGCCGACUCGUGCGCCAGCACGAGCCAUGGCUUCCUGGCUGGCUUGGCUGGCCACCUGCUCCCGGCUCACCGACUGUGCCUGCCUGCCUGCCCAGCAGCCAGGCCUUCCCCUUCCCGUGCCUCCCCGCCGCUCUCCUCUGCAGCUUUCCGACCAGGUUCCUCUCACGUCUACCCGCCCCGUGUCGCUUGGUGCGUACCGCUUUGCUGCAUGCAUGUGCUUUUCAUGUCGGCUACGUAA